CUGAAUAGCAGUGUUAUGAAUAGCAGUGUUAUGAAUAUAUAGAUAAAUAAAUAAAUAAUUCCCACCCUCGCCAAUGAUCAUUUUUCGAGCAACUGUGUUUGUUGACUGUGAGCAUUGUUGUCCUACUUCGUCAGCACCCAGUCGAAUGCUCGCAUCACCCGCAUCGCCAUCUCCUCUUCCAAAAUGGACGAAAUAAGUUCCGACACCGUCGUCGAGCUCAUGGCCCUUCUCCUCGCACUGCCGUCCACAGCACUCAUCCUGGCGAGAUGCUACCGCCGCUGGCGACAAAGGCCCUCCAGAUCCCCGCAUGACGGUCAGUUCUUAAUGUGUGCAACAAUCCCACUAUUAUGUUGCGACUCGCUCUCUGACUUUCCGAGUGCACUGCAGAAGAAGAGGCCCUCUCUCUCAAUCCCAGCCGCGCUCUUCGCUCUCCGUAUCACUCUCCCUAUUCCUCGCAACCUCGAACACUGAGCUUCGGCCGCGUCGUGAUGGUGAUGGAUCUUUGGCUGGAGUCCCUCUGACGCAGUAGCCCGAUUGUAAGAUAGCGGUGGGGGUAACGGAUGACUGGUGCUGGCACUGGAUCCUAGGUCUCGAGAGAUAUUCUGUAAAAUAAUACCACGCAACUCAACAAUCCCAAGAGUUUCCCCGGUGAAGAUGUAGCUCCCACCCCCAAAGCCCGUCACAAAAUUUCCCAACCACGUCUCGCCCUCUGCACAUCCGUCGCCUGCUAAAUAAUUAAACACCUACCCCUGCAUCUCAAUCACGACCGUCUUCGCCGCCUCCUCCGCCUCCUCCGCCUCCUCCGCCUCCUCCGCCUCCUCCGCCUCCUCCGCCUCCUCCGCCUCCUCCGCC